AUGUCUGAUGACAACGCUACGGCACCCACCGGGACGGGAGACGAUGUAACCCCUGUGACCGCCCCAGCCUCUCACGCCGUUGCGGGUGACAACGACGACAUUCUCGCGGUCGAUGCGGAGACGGAGGAUACCUCGUCAAUCACCUACGGGAGUCUUGCCUCUUCGACAACAAGUGUGACCAGCUCGGUUCUCGGGUAUCGACUGGAGAACGGACGGACGUACCAUGCCUACAAGGAAGGGAAGUACCUGAUGCCCAACGAUGAUAGGGAAAUCGACCGAUUAGGUAUGAUCUCCGAGACGUCUAGCGAGAACGUCGAUUCCCUCGUGUGCCCGUGGCUGAGAGUACCUACCGCAGACUUGCAACAUAACCUGUUCAUCCGUACGUUUGAUGACCGGCUCGGGACGGCGCCGCCCAAUGACCCUGGGGCGAAUGUCGGACGGGUCCUGGAUGUCGGAACGGGCUCGGGUUCCUGGGCCAUCGAUUUCGGCGAUGAGCAUCCCGAGGCUGAAGUCAUUGGCGUUGAUUUGUCCGCCGUUCAGAUCACAAUGGUGCCGCCCAAUGUGAGGUUCGAAAUCGACGACAUCGAGGAGCCCUGGACCUUUUCGCGGCCCUUUGACUACAUUCACAGCCGAGCGAUGACGGGGAGCAUCGCGAACUGGAGGAAGUACAUCCAGAGCUGCUACGACAACCUGAAACCCGGGGGCUACCUCGAGCUCAACGACGUCGACGCCUGCCCCGUCUCCGACGACGGCACGCUGGCCGAGAACUCGACCCUCAUGAGGGCCGCGCGCCUGUGCCUCGAGGCCAUGGCCGCCCUCGGGGCCCCCUACGAGGAGUUCGGCCGGCUCGGGGCCGUCAUGCGGGAGGUCGGCUUCGAGGACGUCCGCCUGCAGCGGUUCCGGUGGCCCACGAACGGCUGGCCCCGGGACCCGAAGUACAAGGAGCUCGGGUACUGGAACUACGAAAACCUCGCGCCCAACUUCGAGGCGUUCCUGAUGGUGCCCCUGACGCGGGCCCUGGGCUGGACGCGGGAGGAGGUCCUCAUCCUCGCCAUGGAGGUCCGCAAGGACCUGGGGAACAGGAACAUCCACGCCUACUACAACAUCUGGUCCAUCUAUGGAAGAAAACCUUCCGCUGCCACGGCUACUCAGACAGCCGCCGCAUGA